GAUUUUGUAUUGUAGGUUAUUUUAAACGGAUUUUCACUCAAGUACUUAUAGAAUUGAAUUUUUUUCUAAAAAUUAAUAGGAAUGGAAGGUUUCGACGACCAAGGAAUAUUUUUCAGCGAUAACUUCUCUGUAGACGACAAUCAAAGUAGUAAUGCAGGUGUCGCAAAUCUUCAGAAUACCAAAAAGAAAUUUAAGGAUUUCUUGAGGCAGUUUCACACUGAAAAUUUCAACUACAAAUACAGAGAUACACUAAAGAGAAAUUACAAUCUACGUAAAUAUUACUUAGAGGUGAAUAUAGAAGAUUUGGGAAGUUUCGAUGAAACUCUUGCUGAUAAGUUGACGAAACAACCGUCCGAGUACUUGGCCUUAUUUGAAGAAGCUGCAAGAGAUGUUGCAGACGAACUCACAGCACCCAGACCGAAAGGCGAGGAACAAGUUGAGGAUAUUCAAAUUAUGCUCACGUCAGACGCCAAUCCUUCCAAUUUGAGAGAUUUGAAGUCAGAGGCUGUUUCACACUUGGUGAAAAUACCCGGUAUCAUUGUUAGUGCAUCUGGAAUAAGAGCAAAAGCCAUAAGAAUUACUUUACAAUGUCGCAGUUGCCAUAACAUAUUGCCAAAUUUGGCAGUUAAACCUGGAUUAGAAGGAUAUAUUAUGCCUAGAACAUGUAACACAGAACAAGCUGGUAGGCCAAAAUGCCCACAAGAUCCAUACUUUGUUAUGCCAGAUAAAUGCAAAUGUGUAGAUUUUCAAACGUUGAAAUUACAAGAAUUACCUGAUGGUAUUCCACAAGGUGAGAUUCCAAGACAUGUACCCUUAUAUUGUGACAGAUAUCUAUGCGAUAAAGUUGUACCAGGGAAUAAAGUUAGUGUCCUGGGUAUAUUUUCGAUUAAAAAAGUUACCAAACCUUCAAGGGAUGGAAGAGAUAAAGCGAUAACUGGUGUACGAUCAGCAUACAUGAGAGUGGUUGGAAUCCAACUCAGUAACGACGGUUUGGGAGUAACUUCAUGUGCUACAGUUACAGCAGAAGAAGAAGAUCUCUUCAGAAGAAUGGCUGCUUCUCCUAAUAUUUACGAAAGAUUAGCCAACAGUAUAGCUCCGUCAAUUUUUGGUUGUGCCGAUAUAAAAAAGGCUAUAACUUGUCUUCUUUUCGGAGGUGCCCGUAAAAAGCUUCCUGAUGGUCUGACCAGAAGGGGGGACAUCAACGUAUUGCUACUGGGAGAUCCGGGUACCGCAAAGUCUCAACUAUUGAAAUUUGUCCAGAACGUUUCCCCCAUCGCUGUUUACACAUCGGGAAAAGGAAGUUCCGCUGCUGGUUUGACAGCUUCAGUUAUGAGAGAUCCAUCUACGAGAAAUUUUGUGAUGGAAGGUGGUGCUAUGGUGUUGGCAGAUGGAGGGGUGGUUUGUAUUGAUGAAUUCGAUAAAAUGAGAGAGGACGAUAGAGUUGCCAUCCACGAAGCUAUGGAACAACAAACCAUUUCCAUAGCUAAGGCCGGCAUCACGACAACGUUGAACACCAGAUGUUCAGUUUUAGCGGCUGCCAAUAGUAUAUUCGGUAGAUGGGACGAAACGAAAGGAGAAGAAAACAUCGAUUUCUUGCCUACCAUUUUGUCACGUUUCGACAUGAUAUUCAUUGUCAAAGAUGAACACGACAAAAAUAGAGAUAUGACCUUAGCUCGUCAUAUAAUGAGUGUACAUAUGAAUGCCGGUCAAGAAGCCGAAGAACCGAAGGAGGGAGAAUUGUCUCUAGAACUUAUAAAAAAAUAUAUUUAUUAUUGCAGAACACGUUGCGGACCACGUUUGAAUGCUCAGGCAGCGGAUAAACUAAAGAGACGUUACGUUUUGAUGAGAACAGGUUGUUCUCAAUCUGAAAAAGAUAAUAAGCAAUCUAGCGGUAUUCCAAUAACUGUGAGACAAUUAGAGGCUGUCAUAAGAAUUUCAGAGUCUCUGGCAAAGAUGCAACUUGCUCCGUUUGCCACGGAAACUCAUGUCAACGAGGCAUUGAGAUUGUUUCAGGUAUCUACGCUUGAUGCAGCCAACAGUGGUAACUUAGCAGGUGCAGAAGGUUUCACUACCGAGGAAGAACACGAGAUGUUGUGCCGGAUUGAGAGACAACUGAAGAGGCGGUUUGCUAUCGGUACUCAAGUAUCUCAGCAGAGUAUAAUAAACGAUUUUGUUCAACAGCAGUACCCCGAAAGGUCCAUUACCAAAGUUAUUGUUGCUAUGAUCAGAAGGGGGCAACUGCAACAUAGAAUGCAGAGAAAGAUGCUCUAUAGAAUUGCCUAAAACGAGUUCUUCUUGUUUUAUUUCAUAUUUAUUUUUCUCAUUGUUAGUUUAGGAAAGAAGGAAGAAAAUUGUCAUCCCUUUUGGGGGUUAAUCAACUCCUGGUUUUUAUUUACUUCGAAUUUUUGUAACUUUGAAAUAGGAUAUUUUUAUUGAUAUUUUCCUUAUUUUUAAUUUUUGUGUUGUUCAACACAGAAUAUACAUUGAUUGAGAUA